AUGGUAACACAUCAGUAUGAAUAUAUUUCUGGACCAGAACACCUAAAUCACUUCUAUCAGCAUGGAUCGGUAGUCUCGAAGCACAUUCAUUUCGUGUCAAUUUUAGAUCGGAUCUCAUAUAAAAAGGAUGACAAGUGCACCUUUUACUUUGAUAAUUUCACGAAAGGUAAACGUGGGUUGAAUACUUAUAUUGGAAAGAUAAAUAAUAGUAACUCUGACUGUGACUCUUUGCUUCGAAUGUUUCUUCCUCUCUUUUUGGAUAAAUUAGGGUUGUCGCAUAAUGACAUAGAUUUCUCAGCAGAUUUUACACUUGAUGAUUUGAGUGAGAAGCGCGUUCCAAUCAUAAAUGUAAAGGGUUUAUUCGUUACUGCUUAUGACAAAGCAACUCUAAAAAUUCAUGAAUUGAAUGUUAUAGACAUGAAAUCAUUUGUUAAGUGCUUUUUGAAGAAAGAUUCAUUACAAGAUAAUUUUAAAUUAUUCAGACCUACAAUUGAUAAACUAUUAAGGAAUUUACAGAAAAGGGAAAAGGUAGAAUCUAACUUUAAAUUUUGUGAAAUGGAGAUUUAUACUGAUUGUUUACGGUCAUAUUUUACUGAAUUGAUCUCUAAAGAGAAUAAUCCUUAUCCAGUUUUGAAUCCAUUGUUUAUUCCUCAAAAUUCUAAUAAUGAUACUUUAAACGAGUUCGAUUCUCAAGCAAAUUCCCAAUCAGUGACAGACACUGAGCAUUUUUCAGAAAAGGGGAUUUCUUCUUCCAAUAAAAGAGAUGCUAGUGAUGAUAUAGUGGGCUCAGGUUCGUCUGGACGCGCAAAUGAUCAAGAUGAUAGUGGAAUUGAAUCAAUAGAAGAUAAAAUAUACAAAGAUGGAAGCGGGGAACAAAAACGAAAUUUAACAGUUCCUAGCGCUAACGAUAUUAGGAAGCCAAAGAGGAUUAAAGUUACAGAAAUCGGUGUGCUGAAACGCGGUCAUCAAAUACCUCAUCCACACCCUGAUAUCUCUUCUUAUCAAUUACCCUUUGGUGCGAACAGCUUUUCUGAGGCACGAAAUGACCAGGAUAUAGUAGAUAAUUAUUCUUUCAGCUCAGCAACUAUUAAGCCUAAUGGGAUAUCUGAAGCAAAAUCUAAGAGGUUUUAUCGUAUUUCUGAUUGUAGGAUAGUUGGAUUUACACCCAAUCAAUUUUUGGAUGAUAGGCUUGACAGCCUUGAAGAUAAUAAAUUUCAAAUAUUCAUAUACGCAAAGGAACUUCCACCUCCCCUGCCCGUUUUCAUCCCAGAGUACAACUGUUAUGAGGUGACCGUAUCCAAUAUCUCCGAGUUUUUUCACAAUAUCGGAAUAAAAAGCUACCCUUCUUCUAUUCAAAAUUGUUUAUCAGACUUGAAGAAGAAAAUUAAUCAGAGCUUUUACAACAUAACGAUUUUCAAGGCAACAUAUUCAUUAGGUCCGUCUGAAACUGUUGGGUGGGUAUUGCAUAGUAUUACGUGUAAAUCACCUACUAUUUCACCCCCUAUUCAGCCCUCGGAACAACAAAAUCAGUUUCCAUUGGUACAUGUUUCAGAUAUUAUUGCAUCAACUAACUCACAGUACUAUACUAUUUUUGGCUUGGCCGUCACUGUGAAAUAUGAUGGUGGAAAAACCGUAGUUCUAUCAUUUACAGAUUUUACGUCAAACCCUAAAGUCAAUUACGGCUAUGACUCUUUCUUAGGAAGUUUCCAUGAAAGAAUUCCAGAAAAUCAGCAUGUGCAUGCUUUGAUUUAUCUUAAUCGAGUUGAAUCGCUCAAUCAAAAACUUCAGAAUGUCACAAAAAUGGGUCUGAUAGAUUGUGCAGAUAAGGGAAAUAGUAAUAUAACGCAUCGCAGUAUCAUUUUCAAAUUUAGUGUUAAAUGCCAGUUAUUUCAAGGCAAACUGAACACGGUAAUUUUAGACGCAGAGCCAAUUACACCAAAAACUCCUUUAACUACUGAAGAAUACAAGUAUCUAAAACCUUUGAGAACAAAAGUGUUCCGUCGGAUGCCAUCAGAGGUCUUGAAGCUUUAUAACCUUACUAUGGCGAGAUUUUUACCAAUCUCUAAAUAUAAUUCAAACAACGCGGAGCCAGAAUUGCACGAGGAGCAAGUUUUUGUAAAUACCAAUACGAAUGCUGCAGAAAAAGUGGAUUAUACAGCAUUGAUUCAAGGGGAAACAAAUUCUGAUGACAUGGAGGAACUCAGAGAAAAGGAUGCAAUGCUGCCUAUUAAAAUAUUAGGUUCCAGGAAUCCUAGUUCAGUCAAAAUAUCUGAUAUAAAAAAUAACAGAAAUAUUGACUCACAAGAUAAAAAGAUCAAUGCCACAAUCAUGGGUGUAACUCAAGAUCGCAAAAAUGUUACUAUAUAUUUGACUGAUAGGGAUUAUGCAACUGGCAUGGUAAUUGAAGAUCCAUAUAAAAAUCUAUUAAAGAUUCAGAUUUGGGGUAAACAGAAUUUGGAGUUUUUCUUUGGGGAUUCUAAUUACAUGCAAAGGAUAGAAGAACUGAGGCAGUGCAUUGGAUCUACUAUUCCAUUCACAGUUAUACCUAGAAUAUUGAGGAUAAAUGAUUAUUCUUACAUCAAAAUAUGGAGCCCAAUUUACACUACUUUAGAGAGUCUUUUGAUUUUUAAAAGCAUAGAUUUUCAACAUGAUACUUUAAAAUAUGAAAACUCCUCGGGAAACGAGGAUUAG